AUGCAACUUGUCGUUCUUCGUUACAUGCUCGAUAUCUACAAUAGCCUAAGAAAUGGCGAUUGCGGAACUCUUAUAAUCUUCAGACGUUUAUUACUAAAGCCACGCAUCGUCUUACCUAUAGAAGCUCUCGAUGAUGAGCUCAAACAAGUCCUGGACGAUAAAUCAUGGUCCAUAAUGCACCAUAUCCUCGAAAUGGCAAAGCAAGAUCCAAGCUUUGAUACUCUUUGGAGACUAUUUGCUGAGCAUUUGGAUGUUAUGUCUUCCCUCUACGGUAUGCUGCCAGAAUCCACCAUCUCCGAAUGUGUUUCUUCCAUGCUACACCACGAGGAAUGGGUCUCUGACAGUAAAAAAAGAAAGGAAUGUUCAGAGCUUCUUCUCAAAAGCGGCUUCCUUUAUGUCGACGCUAUCAAUAACCAAUGGCGAGACGAGCGUAUAUGGAAAAGAAAAGAAACCGAGCUUAUUUUGAUGUUUAUGUAUCUGUCAGUUAUUGAAGAAGCCUAUAAGCAAGAGAUCCGUAGUGCUAUGGCUCAUGAUGAAAGUUACGAAAACUUUCUUGUAGUGUUCCGUGAGCCUAGGAGCUGGGAAUACGAAGAGUGGGGGAGUAGCUACAAAGCCAUGAUGUCUUGGGUAUCGUACUAUCGACGAGAAGCAUUUGGUCGUGUAUCUGAUCUACUACAGGGACUACACAAUCAUCGUGAAAAUAAAAAAGAGGAGUAUGAUUCAUACGAAGAUUAUGUCCAAAAUGGAUUUCUCAGAGAAGGCAGACAAGAACUUGUGGAUAAUGAAUUUGAACAUUGUCAAAUAGAACGUCGAAUGCGUAGAAUGAGGCUGUAA